CUGAGAAACCAGCAACACAAACUCAACACAUGCACAGCUCUUGCACUCACCCACUCCCUCCCUCUCUCUCUCUCUCUCUCUCUCUGUCUCUCACUCUCUCCUCUGGGCUCGGCAUCUUUCUUCUCACAAGUCAGAUUGUGUUUGUAAGUAGUGCCGGAUGUCUCCUCCUCUCUGUUUGGACUCUUUGACUGGGUGUGAGUGACUGCUCGUCUACUCCAGAGCGGAGCCGCGCGGAGUAUCAAGUGUAUGUGGGUCUCACCCUCACGCACUCGCCGCUCCUCCUGCAACUCUUCUCAGGAUCUCUGGAUCCCUUUCCUCGGUGACAGGCUCCCCACACCAACCAGUCACCAUUUCCGCCCCCGGGAGACCCACGCUGGCAGCGCAGCCCCUUCCCCGACUCAGCAUCGGGAGGAAGACCCUGGUGGCGGCUGCCGUGGGGGUUAUGCUGGUCCUGGUCUUAGUGGUCCUCAUCCCAGUGCUCGUCAGCUCCGUGGGUACAGACGCCAGCCACUAUGAGAUGCUGGGCACCUGUCGUAUGGUGUGUGACCCCUACCUGAACAAAGGGACCCCGGCCAGCAGCACCACCUCCACUGGUCUACUGGCUGAAGCAGAGGCGCUCAGCGACCACAGCAACGUUCUUCCUCCUUCCACUCUACUUCAAGGCCCGCAGGGGAAACCUGGGAGGCCCGGGAAACCAGGACCACCUGGACCACCUGGAGAGCCGGGGCCACCUGGACCAAUGGGGCCUCCUGGUGACAGAGGGGAUCAGGGAAGGACUGGGGUUUUGGGACUUGGUGGCAGCGGAGCUAUCAGCACGGCCACCUACAGCACAGUGCCGCGGGUGGCCUUCUAUGCGGGGCUUAAAAACCCCCACGAAGGCUACGAGAUCCUCAAGUUUGACGACGUGGUCACAAACCUGGGAAACAACUACGACGGCAUCUCGGGCAAGUUCAUCUGCAGCAUACCGGGCACUUAUUUCUUCAUCUACCACGUGCUGAUGCGAGGAGGCGACGGCACCAGCAUGUGGGCAGACCUUUGUAAAAACGGUCAGGUCCGAGCCAGCGCCAUCGCCCAAGACGCUGACCAGAACUAUGACUAUGCCUCCAACAGCGUCAUCCUCCACCUGGACGCUGGGGACGAGGUCUACAUUAAACUUGACGGAGGCAAAGCCCACGGAGGCAACAACAACAAGUACAGCACCUUCUCUGGCUUCAUCCUCUACGCAGACUGAGAGCACACACUCAGUGACAGUGACAGGAAGAGAGACGGACGAUGGCAGCGGGACAGAAGGAGUGUGUGUGUUUGUGUGUGUUAACAGCCGAGAUGCUCUCUAGUUUUCCUAAUUCUCUCCAUCAUCACGGACACCUCUGCUUCGUAUCCAUCAGCCAAGACAUCCCGGUUCUGUAGCCGAGCCCGGAUGCAAAGCUCUUGAGGACACGGGCUGAGCGGGGGGUUGUGGGUGGAGUGGGACGCCAGGUAGGUGGCGGGCUGUUUUUUCAGCGUUCCUCACCACGAUGCCGGCGCGAUAGAAGCUUCCCGCCUUCAGUGUCUCUCCUCCUCAGCCAUGCUCCAUCACGCAGACAUAUCGACAAGAAAAACCCCUGUGGAUGAUCUCACCUCUUCUCUCCACAACAGUGCCGUCAGUGCAGGACUCGACUGACUCGUGGUGUUGUGUGCAACUUUUCCUUAGAUUGUGCUUUUAUUUGUAUACAUGCAUAAUAUUCUAUACAAAUUAAAUAAAAAAAAGAGAGAAUCUAUUUGUCCCAAGUGAAAAAAAAAACCUGUCUUAUUUGUGAUGCCAUUGGUCGUGGAACAGCUGGAACAUAGUGUCCCGAAGUCACAGCAGUUUCUUUCAUCGCCAGUUACAGCAGCGUAUUGUUCAUGUGACAAGCAGCAGUACGCUCACACCGUAGCGUUCUGAGGGAGUCCACUUUUCUCUUCACUCUCACUUGUGUCCUGCUGUUGUUUAGAUUAAAAGUAGAGUCUCCUCGAUGUUCUAGUUUCAUGUAGAGGUGAGGUGAAGCAAGGUUAAAAAAAAAAAAACAAAAAAAAAACAUUGUCGUCUGUGUCGUCUCGGUUCUCCAGGUCAUCAUCUGAAGUUUAAAGGUUCGAAGGCGGACAAGUGGACUCGAAGAGGUCGCACCUUUAAUCCAGGAGGCUGAUUCAGCUGUUGCAGACUAGUAAGGGCUGCGCAGAACUCACAUAUAAAGAAAACACUGACAUAGCCAAUGAUGCCGUUGGACCCGCAGCUGCCCGACUAAUACCAUGUUCUUACCAAAUAUUUUUCAUGGUGGUCGACUAGUAUCCCUUCUUGUGUCCCAGAUUUGGGAGUUGCAGUGACGUAUGUGGUGAUGCAAUGAUCUCGCACUGUUUCACUCCAAGUCAUCAACAGAAAAUACUCCUUAGUUUUUUUUAUGGAAAACACAAACACAAAACACAACUUUUGUUUUGGGUUCCAACUGGCUCAUGGUUGAAAGUUUCAGCAUGUAUUCACAGAUUAAUAUUUGCUCAACGUUCUGUGUGCAUCAAGCAACACAUUCUCACUGUCACUGUGUCGAAUGGCGACUAUUUUAUAAGCGGACGUUGGGUCCAAUGUUGACGCUGUUGUCUACCUUCCGCUUUGCUUUUGACACAAUGGAGUGAAAUGUGUCCCGUACGACUUUCCAAAAUCAGGGGUUGAACUUAGCGCCACCCGGUGGCCUAUCUUCCACCUCGCAAAACUCUUUAGCUUACUAUUCACCGGCACUUUUCCUUUUUGCCAUGGUUGAGCUUUGUUGCCAUUGGUUUUGCUCGCACUAUUGGUACCUUUUUCCAGCCCCUUUGCACGGAAACCUUCUUGGAAACACGGCAUAAAGGACAAAGGUGAAAUCAAAUGAUGACAUUAACAAGAACCAAACCUUGUCCAUGUGACACCAGCUGAGUAACAACUUCUCAUAUUGAUUCGGCAACAGCAAACAAGCCUGCGACAAAAAGUAACGGUGAUGAGAUACAGGAGCCCAUGGAUUUAUUCCUGCUCGGCUGAUGUAAGAUUUGAAUUACCCUGCAGAGGUUGUUGGUCUCCUUCUGCUGCAUCAUUAAAGGAUUAGCUGCUGGGCAAUGUGCUCUGGAAAAAAAAAGGCUGUAUAGGACAAACAGCAGAAAAAAAAAGGGAGUUUGAGUUGAGCGCGACAUUCACCUGAGCAGGAGUGUUGACAAAAGCGGAUUCAGUCUCAUGAGCCUCUCACAACAGACACCAGCGGCGAUGAAACUGCUGCCGUCAGAGCCCCGCUGGUAUCAUUUUAAAGUAUUUCCUUGACUCCAGACUGAGAUUUGAGAUGUCAGACAGAUAAGUUUCAGUCAGAUUAUUGAAAAACAAUCUCACCACUGGGAGGGAAGAGAGGUAGAUAUAAGAAAAUACAUGUUGCUAAAUGGCUUUUCCGGACUCUAGCUACAACUAUAUGAAGUGCGGUGAAAAAUCCUAACUCAAGGCCACUGCGCAUGAAAACACGGGUCCUGCUGCUGCUUAUUUUUUCAUCUUUAAAUUCACUAAUAUAUAUAUAUAUAUUUUUUAAUUUAUGGAAGUCAAUGUUUCCCGGUAGAAGACUGUAACUUCAGGUCUUCAGUUUGGCUUUAGCUAACUCCCUAUGUUCUAAGUGCGUUGCAGUUGUACAGGUGCACAGCUGAAAAAAGAACCUGCUGGACUAAAGCUGAAACAUCUUCAAGUCCAACUCAAGUAUUUCAACAGUGUUACCUCGUCCCUCGCUGCUCACCAAAACCUUAAGGCCCAGACUUUAGGGAUAAAAACCCAGCGAGACCAGAUACAAAGGUGAUGUUGGCACAGACUGGUACGUGGCGAUCAGACACUAAAGUGUCUGAGCUUCACUGUCAUUCCUUCAUUAGCCUCAUUCUCACUGACACGCAGGCAUUAUGGUAAUAUUUACUCAACACGGCCUGACAGCUUGCUCGAGACGGAUUGGGUGAGUGGCACGGUACUGUUCUGAUGACUGCACGCGGGUGUGUGACAGUAUGUGUGACGGUUUGUGUGUGAGAAAACAAAGCAUUGUCAACAUUACAGCAUGUGGCGACAUUGUUCUAUUCCAAGUCCCUCUGUGCUCCAGCCAAUUGCCGAAAAAUAUUUUAUUCAGCAGCCGAAGAGAUUGUAGUGUGAAGAGCCUCUAUAGCUACGACAUGAAGAAGCGUGUAAAUGAAAUCUAUAACGUUUGUCGACCUUAUCUUUUGAAAUUGUUGAAUACAUUUAAAUAAUA